AUCAACAGAAGUACAACACACUUCCGCAAAAAGGUAUAAAAGCAGAUAUUUUUUAUUGUAUUAAAAUCAUUAUUUCGUAAGGGAAAUAUACCCUCUUUGAUUUAUAGUUUAAUAUGGCCUUAGUUCGCAACAUUUGAUCCUUUCCACAAUUUUUAUUGUUGUUAUUUUUUAACAUUUCUUUCUGUAAAGAAGCAAUGAUUUUGCGAAGUGCAAAAAAAUAUUUUUGAAUAAAUUUGUACAAUUUAAUCACAUAGUGCGUUUAAAGUUAAUUCCGCAAGUGUAAAAAUAAAUAUUUGCAAACUGCUGCAUAUGCACUUAAAACAAACACUGAACAAUCCUUCAAUAGCAUUAAAGGUUUAUGAUUUGUUGUCCGUACCAACGCUGCGUCCUAAUUGUAUUGAUUUUUUUUCCCACUUUUCAAUCCUAUAUAUAUAAAAUAAUGCUAAAUACUCGUUUCAUCAGUGUUAAGCAUUUGGCAUUUCCAGUUAGUACUUAAAUGGAAGACACAAAUUUUACUUAUUUUUUUUAUCAUAACGCUUCUCCCGGCGGUUAUGAUGUCGCACUGUGUGCGGGAAUCAAUACGCUGAUUAAUUAUAUUGUAAUGAAGUAUUUCAUUCAUUUUUACGGAGUUUGUUUCAUACGAACGAAAGCAGACACCGUUUAUCACACCUCACCGAUACCGACGAUCGUGCUAGAGUUGGAUGACGACUUUGAAGUGGCUCUCGGGGUUGCGGUGGAUAAAGGCUGCCAGUCCUUUAUUGUUACCGAGCGAACGGCAGACGGCUUUUUCGAUGCUUUUCUUCCGGUGCAUGAAGCAGCAUUACAGCGUACGAUGGAGAAAAGAGUUCUUGUAGUGCUUGAUAGUCACUCUACAUUGUUCCCUACCAUCAAUCGGCUACUUGUCAUUGAAGAAAUUCCGGAAGUUUUAAUUGUACUACCUAUUCCUUCCAACGCUAAAGUAUCCAGCAGUUUCGAACUUUACACACUAGACCUUUCCGAUGGUGCCCCAAUUACUAUCAGUCCGCGCCUGAUUGAUGUGGUCGACUUCGGGAAUGGGACCAGGUCCCAAAACUACAGCGCAAAUUAUUUCCCGAACAAGUUUGUCAACAUGAAUAAACGCCGUUUAAGGCUUGGUACCGUACCUUACCUGCCGAAUGCUUUCGUGGAAGAUAUGCCACUUGGAGAAGGAAAUGCACGAUACAUACUACCCCCGAAACCAAACGUGUCGGCAAUGAUCAGUGGGACAGAACUAUGGUUGAUAGUACUAUUCUGUGAAAUUGCCAACUGUACGACGGAAAUCAUGAUCGCAUCAGAAUGGGGAAACGUGUUCGACAACGGUACCAAGAUUGGGUUGAUAGGGACACCGGCAAAGCGAGAGGUUGACAUUACAUUUGCGGGCCUAUACACCUGGUACGCCACCUUUCAGCAUCUCGCGUUCAGUGCCGUUCAUUCACGAUCGGGCUGCACGUGUAUCGUGGCUAAACCUCGCAUUGUUGCCAACUGGCGUACCCCUUUCCUAUCCUUUACCGGCUCAUUGUGGUGUGCCGUUUUGGCUGCAUUUAUUGCCGGUGCGUACGCAGUACUGGUCAUGUCCCGCAGUCGUCAACGCAUCCUGCAGCUGAACGAUUCGGUCAGGUACACGUUCAGCGAUUCGGUGCUGAUCAUGAUCGGUUUCUUCAUGGAGCAAAGCGUACCGAUGCCGAACGAACUGCUCGCAUCCUGCUUUCUGUUCACCACGCUCAUGUUUGCUGGGUUCAUGAUCGGCAGCAGCUACAAUGGUGGUUUGGCAAGCACAAUGAUUGUGCCGCAGUACGAGAAAAGCAUAAACACUGUGCACGAUUUAGCCGAAACGCGCACAACCUGGGUUGGGGUUAGUGUGACCUGGAUCUACUCGAUCCAGUUAGCGUACCAAACGGACAUGCUGACGUUGCUGCAAACGUUUCGCGAGUGGGAGGAGGAUGAAAUUUCCCGCCAUGCGUACGAUCGCGAUGUGGCCAUAAUCGUCGAGCGGAUGGAGUAUGGCCAUUUUGCCCACCCGCACAUGGAUCUGGACGCGAUGAAGGGCCGCAAGAUGAUGGCGGAAGACAUCUACUGGGAGUCGGUAGUUGGGAUGUGCACCAAAACGUGGCCAGCUCGGGCUCGAUUUGAUCAGUUAGUGCUCGAUCUGAAAGCGUUCGGCAUUUUGGCACACUGGGAGCUGAUCGGGGUGGCAAAAUAUUUGAGCUUCAAGUCGCAGCAAAUCAUAAGGUACUCGCGCGAAAGCAGCGCUGAUGAAUUUACACCACUGCGUAUGGCCAACAUUACUGGGGCGCUUUUGGUACUGGUUACUGGGUUGUCGCUAGCGAUGAUUAUGCUUCUAGCGGAACUGCUAUGGUACAGAUGUGGCACCGGAAGAUUCAAGCGUGUGAGGACCAAAGGUGCAAAGUAAGAGGAUGAGAGAGAUUUACCUAUCAGUGGGUGAGAGAUUUGUUGAUGUAUUUAUUUUUUU